UGACAAGUGGUCUUGAAACAAAGAUAAAGUAAAGCAAACACGACCGUGUUAUCUUCUAUAUUACUAUAUAUUACUAUCUUGCAUUUCAUAUUCAUUAUGCAUAAGAUGUCAAGUUCUAUUUACAGAAGAAACAGGUCACUUGGCUGCAUAAAUUAUCGUUUUCUGAAAAUGAAUCCAGGUAACCAGUAAUUCUAAAGUAUAGGUGUAGCAGUUCAAAAGACAUUAUGUAUUUAAGACCUUCGGAGAUAUUUUAUUCGCAAGAUUCGAUAAACAAUGUAUUUGACAAAAGGUGUAAACAUGCAUACAAACCAAUUGGUGAAACUCUGGAUGCCAUAUGUGAAGGAAGAUGUUCCAUGAAUAACAUUCCAACAAUUUCUGUGGUACAAACAGACGGGAAAUGGGUAACCGCGGACAACAGACGACUUUGGGUCUACAGACAGCUGGAGAGACUAGGAAAAUGUGAGAAGAUUCAUGUACAGAAAGGAUAUUACAUUCCAGCAGGAAAACUUACAUCAUAUAAUGGGGGAGAGUCAGUGCGUGUGCGAGGGUCGACUGGCGGGUAUUGGCAUCUUCAACCGAGCGCGACAAAAUAUCCGAAGAACAUAAAGAAUGCCAAUUUGCCAAUAGACUUUGAUUACAGUGAAAGAAAUGCUUUCAUAAAACCUGCAUCGAAUACGUCAAGUAAUCGGAUAUUGCCGGAAUUUAACAACCAAUUCAGCCGAGCUUCUAGCUCACACUAUGGUGGAUAUGGCAGUUAUGAUACAUCGUAUGGAAAUAGUAUGAACACUAAUAAUGCAACUACGAGCAUGUUUCCGAAAACUUCAUCAACAGUUCGAGAGCCACCGGUAGCUUAUAAGAGUGGGACAACCUCAAAUUUAAACCAAGGAGGACUUGAUAGGUAUGGAAGAAAUUCCGGUCAUAGAUUGAACGAAAGUAACAUGUUUGGGGGAGUCACCUCUAAUACAGGUCUUUCUUCUGUAUCGCAGUCAUCUAAAGGUAGAUCAUCACCGGCGUCGUCAUCUUCUUCCAGCAGGCGGGAAAACGUGAACCAGUCUAAAACCAGAAACAAUAAUCAAGCUCGUGAAACCCGUGCUAGUAACGAAAACGAUGGAUAUACUUCGAGAUAUGUUCCAGAGCAGCGCGUGUAUCGACAUAAAACAUAUGAUAGAUCCUACAAUGGCAACGAAAGGCCGAUUGAGAAAGUAACAUCGUAUUCGGAUACAGGAAGAGAUAACGGAUGUUGUAUUAUUAUCUAGAUACAAAUUGAUUGAACUAAAAGCUAUCAAUACAUGCAUCGACGCUGAAAAAUGGGAAUAAAAUAGGGUAAUAUCAUUUAUACUGUCAUUACAUUAAUGGUCAUUAAGCAUCACUGUUGACUUUCGAUACGUACCGCACCGACAAUAUUUCGAACACACAGUUCAUGAAAAUGUAAUUGUUACCUCUAAAAACAUAGAAGUCAAUCUGUGUGUUAUGUAUAUUAUCUUCUUUAAACACAAUGCAGUGAAGUCAAAGGGGAUAAAUCUAUGAAUAAAAUCUAUAAGAAGGUCCUUUCGAAGUAGAAGAUGUAAUAUAAGUAAAAUAAUAGCAGACUCCGUGGUUUUAUCAAUUCUGUGCAUGGGAGGUUUGAAAUGUGUUGAGCAAACAUGUAAAUCAUACGAUUAAGCGGAACUCUUAUUUUAUACAGAAACAUUGAAUUGACUCCAUGUUUCAAAAGGAUCAGAACAUAUUAUAACAACACGGAAUCAAAGUAAGGGAUGGAGGUGAAGGGUUGAAUGAACGCAUGCUAUGGUGGUAUAAUGUAGUAUUCCACGAAAAUGCAACCACUUUUUCCAGUUGUUCUUAAAGGAAAAAUAUCCACGCCAGUAUGUUAAAACAUGAUGGGAAUAAAUAUUUGGCAACGUAACUAAAAAUUUAAAUAGGAUAAUAAUCAAACUGUGAGAUAAAAACCAUACCAAACUGUUUUCUUCAUAGACGUCUUAUCAAGCCAUCCGCAGCGGGGUGCGAGAACAGCCGCCGCAGAGACUUUCCGAUAUCAGACAGACCUGUGAUUUACAUUGAAAUAUAGAAGGAUUAAAUUUUGUUUCGAUCAUUCUUAAUUUCUGCUUUGAUAUUUAAAUUUAUCACUGUACCUACGAUAAAAUUAAUUUUCUUAUCUUUCCAGUGGUGUAUUUUUUAUCAGUGUAAUACUAAUUCUUCUUGCUUCGGAAUCACAAAAGAUGCGUUAGAUUUUUAAAAUGGCAGAAAUAUAGAAAUCCACAGUAAGAAAAUGAUAAAAAGAUGAUUUUGAUUUGAAGACAUUGAAUAAGCUCGCAUCGACAAGACCCGAUUGCAACUGCAACGCUAAAUUUAGAGAACCGUUUCAAAAUGCAAUCUUGUUAAGAGAAAUGAUAGUUAUAUAUAUAUAUAUAUUUUUAAUAUGUCCAACGAAUGGAUAUGAAUAUUGAAAGAGUUUGUGAGAGUUUGAAAUAUUUGAUUUUCUAUUUGAAAGAUUUACAAUAUAUUUAAAUGUUGCAAUAAAAAUGUUUUAAAUUAC